AUGGAUAAGAGUGAAAGUGUCUCGGCGACAAACCCAUCAUCGGGAGAUGAGUUCAACGAUGUGAUAAAGGGUUUGAUUAAGCUCUUAAUGCUGGUGAUUUUCCUAGGAAGCGUCUUGAUUUGGAUCCUCAUGCCAACCUUAAUCUAUCGAACCAAGUGGUUACCUGUCAUGCGUACAGAGUUUGGUACAUCUACCUACUUCGGUCUCACAGGGUUGACCUUUUUCAUGUUCAUGUUCCCUUUGGUUCUCAUGGCUUGUCUGGGAUGUCUCUACCUUCACUUGAAGAAACAGAAGACUACUAAUCACCUCAUUAGUGAUGAGGUAACUGGAGGAGGCAUGUUCGCAGCCAUGAAAAGGCCAAUGCUGGUCAAAGGACCACUGGGGAUAGUCUCAGCGACUGAGUUAAUGUUCUUGGCCAUGUUUGUGGCUCUUCUUCUUUGGAACUUCUUCAUUUACUUGCGCAAUGCUUUCCCCAUGAUUACACCUCAAUCAGCCGCUAAACUUCACCAGAAAAUGUGGCAAGCGAAGUUGGAGGCAAUGGCACUAAGGAUCGGUCUAGUCGGUAACGUAUGUCUAGCUUUCCUGUUCAUACCGGUGGUGCGUGGGUCAUCACUGCUUCCGGUUUUAGGGUUGACGUCAGAGUCAAGCAUCAAGUACCAUAUUUGGCUUGGUCACUUACUCAUGCCCAUAUUCACCGCCCAUGGCCUUUGUUUCGUUAUCUAUUGGGCCUCAAUGCACGAAAUCUCGCAGAUGGUGACUUGGUCUAAGACCGAGAUGUCGAAUGUUGCCGGAGAGAUAGCUUUGCUGUCUGGACUUGUGAUGUGGGCCACCACAUAUCCGUCGAUUAGGAGGAAAUUCUUUGAAGUUUUCUUCUAUACUCACUACCUUUACAUCGUAUUCAUGUUCUUCUACGUCCUCCACGUAGGCAUUGCCUUCUGCUUUAUCAUCUUCCCCGGUUUCUAUAUGUUUUUGGUCGAUCGUUUCUUGAGGUUUCUACAAUCACGUGACAAUGUCCGGUUGUCAUCUGCACGUGUUCUUCCUUCCAACACCGUCGAGCUCACUUUCUCCAAAGCCAAAGGAUUGAUGUAUAAUCCAACGAGCAUAUUGUUCGUGAACAUUCCGAGCAUCUCGAAGCUGCAAUGGCAUCCAUUUACGAUUACUUCGAGCAGCAACCUCGAAGCUGAGAAUUUAAGCGUUGUGAUCAAGAGCGAAGGGAAAUGGUCUACCAAGCUUUACCAGAUGCUUUCUUCUUCGGAUCAUACUCAUGAUCGUGCUCUCUCUGUUUCUGUCGAAGGACCCUAUGGUCCUGCGUCUACAGAUUUCCUAAGGCACGAUUCUUUGGUUAUGGUUAGCGGAGGCAGUGGAAUUACUCCAUUCAUCUCCAUUAUCCGCGACCUAAUCUCCAUGACCCAAACAAAGUUAUGUGAAAUCCCCAAAAUAACCCUGAUUUGCUCGUUCAAGAAAGCUUCUGACAUCUCCAUGCUUGACCUUAUCCUCCCUACAUCUGGUCUCGAAUUGCCAUCUGACCUGAAUAUCCAAAUCGAAGCAUUCAUCACAAAAGACAAAGAACCAAGAAACGAAGAAACCCAGACGAUCAGAACCCUCUGUUUCAAGCCAAGUCCCUCAGACCAGCCAAUCUCAGCUAUCCUAGGACCAAACUCAUGGCUCUGGCUUGCCGCCAUCCUCUCGUCUUCCCUCGUUAUCUUCUUGAUUGUGGUCGGAGUCAUGACAAGAUACUACAUUUACCCGAUCGAUCAGAACAAGAACAAGUACAAUGCUGCUUCAAGAUCCAUCCUUUGUCUUCUGGUCCUCUGUGUGAGCAUCAUGACGACGUCAAGUGCAGCUGUGUUGUGGAAUAAGAAGAAUUACAAUGCUGAGAGCAGUAAACAGGUACAAAACGUCGACGUACCGAUCCCAACAUCAUCUCCUAGCUCAUGGGCUGACAGAGAAAUCGAGAGUACUCCUCAAGAGUCACUUGUUCAAUGCACCAACCUCCAUUUCGGUGAAAGACCAGACCUCAAGAAGUAUCUACUCGAGACCAAAGGCUCAAGCGUGGGAGUUAUGGUGUGUGGUCCGAAGAAGAUGAGACAAGAAGUGGCCAACAUUUGUUCUUCUGGUUUGGCUGAGAAUCUUCACUUUGAGUCUAUCAGUUUCAGCUGGUGAUUGCGCAUUUUACAAUCUAUACAUGUGAUUUCUCUACGUGUGAUUUCUUUUCUUUUCUUGUGUGUGAGUGGGAGAUUUCUCUGUUUCUCCAAGGAGUAUUUUACUGUGGAAAUGACCCGUAAAUUUCUGUACUUCUCUGUUUUUAACCAUUUUAUUUACUCAUGUUACGAUUUGGUCCAAAUCGAG